AUGGGACCCGCGGCUCCGCGAGAUGAAAGGGCCCCGGCGCGGCCGGCUGGCACCAGGCGAGGCUCCCAGCGCGCAGCCCGGGCGCAGCGCGGGGGCCCGAGCGCCGCGGGCCCAGACUCUCAGCCCGGGCCGGGGGCCACCGCGGGGGCCUCCUGGGUGCCAGGGAAGAGGAGAACGGCGGGAUCCAGAGCGCUUCAACCAGAAAUACAUUUACUAAGAGCAAUGGCUUCAAAGGUGCUACUCAGGCAACAGAAAUCUUUCACAGUUGUAGUUUUACUAGCCUGUUUGGCAUGUGGAGUCAUUUGUGAGACAGGAGACUGUGGACAGCAGGAAUUCAGGCACCAGUCAGGAAGCUGUGUUCUGUGCAAGCAGUGUGGGCCAGGCAUGGAGUUGUCCAAGGAAUGUGGCUUUGGCUACGGGGAGGACGCCCAGUGUGUGAAGUGCCGACCGCACAGGUUCAAGGAGGACUGGGGCUCUCAGAAGUGCAAGCCGUGCCUGGACUGCGCCCUGCUGAGCCGCUUCCAGAAGGCCAACUGCUCGGCCACCGGCGACGCCGUCUGCGGGGACUGCCUGCCUGGGUUUUACAGGAAGACGAAACUUGUUGGUUUUCAAGACAUGGAGUGUGUGCCUUGCGGAGACCCUCCACCCCCCUACGAGCCGCACUGUACCAGCAAGGUCAACCUGGUGAGGAUCCCAUCCACGGCCUCCAGCCCGCGGGACACAGCCCUGGCGGCCGUCAUCUGCAGUGCCCUGGCCACCGUGCUGCUGGCCCUGCUCGUCCUCUGCGUCAUCUACUGUAAGCGGCAGUUCGUGGAGAAGAAGCCGAGCUGGUCCCUGAGGGCACAGGACCUGCAGUUCAACGGCUCCGAGCUUUCCUGUUUCGACAGACCCCGGCUCAGCUCCCCUGCGCCCCGUGCCUGCUGCCAAUGCCUGCGGGACUCGGCCCAGACCUGCGGGCCCGUCCACCUCGUCCCGUCCCGGUGCUGUGGUGGGACCUGUGGCAUCGGCCGGGACGCUACUGGUUGUCGGGGGCACUGCAAGGCCACCCUUCAGAACAGAAACACAGGUCCAGCGGGAGAGGCGAUUCCCACUUUCUUCGGGUCCCUGUCAAGGUCCGUCUGCGGCGAGUUCUCAGACGCCUGGCCUCUGAUGCAGAAUCCCGGAGGAGGUGAUGACGUCUCCUCCUGUGACUCCUGCCCUGAGCUCCCUGGAGAAGACACUCACUCUCUCGACCCAGAGAGCACAAGCUUGGCUUCCCUGGACUCAGACAGCAGUCAGGGUCUGGUCGGUGGAGCGGGGCCAGUUCUAGCUCAUCCGGAGACCUUUACAGACACUGCUGAUUUGUCGAGACUCAGCGAUGCACUGCUGGAGCCUGUGCGGGCUCAGGCCGUGCUCACUGCUGGAAAUCAGCUGGAUCAGGAGCGAGGAGAUGCCCCACACCUGACCACACAGCCACACGGCCAGGGGGACGAAAGGACUUGCUUCUUUCUUCAAUGA